CUCAAUAUCUUCUCAAGUUACCAAUGUGCCGGUCACUCAUAGAAUCAAGAGCUAGUAUUGGGGAAUUCAAGGACAUUUACGUUGGACUUCGGUGAGGAAGGGCAGUAAAAUCUCAAUCAAUCGCCUCGCCAAACGACGUCAUACACAUCACCCAGCCCAACCACUUAACAUAUACAUCCAAAACCUCAACAUCAAAACAACAAAGAACACAAGAUGCCACAACCCAAAUCCCUCCCAAAAGGCCGCUACACCCGCCAACGCGCCGCCCGCGCCACCCGCCGACACCUCGCCUCCCUAACACCCUCAACCUCCCAUCCCCAGCUCCAAUCCCACUUCUUCUCCACACUCCCAGCAGAAAUCCGAUUCACAAUCUACCAACACGUCCUUUCCCAACGCCACGACCACUCUCGACCCGUCGAUCUACACUCCAUCUCCCCUUUAUACCGACCGCGGCACACAUACCUUACCAAGAUCGACACAGCCCUGUUACUCACGUGCAGAUUGAUAUACGUCGAAGCCCACCGAAUCCCUCUUCGCAGCGCAACCCACCACUUCCGCUACCUAGGCUCCACAUCAUGGCUCUAUAACGGCGACAUCUGGCUGCACCACAUCACCUCGCAGCGCGGACUUGAGUUGUACCAUCUCCACGACAACCUCGUCGCGCUGAAAGCCUCAAACUUCUCUAAAUUUCUACUAAGCCAUUUGUGUUGGCGCAGGAUUACGUGGACGAUAUGUGCGUACCUGCUUCCUCCACUCCUUGCAGAGUUAAAAGAACGACAGCGCCUGGUUGAGACGCUGGCGUCCUUAACCCUACCGGCUUCAUGUCAAGAAGUUAAUCUAGAAUUCGAAACGAGAGAAGAUUUGCUGCCGGAUUGGCCGGGGUUAGAGGGGCAGAUUGAGGCGUGUAAAUCAUUAAACUUAAAGAGAAGAGAUGGGUCGGUGUUGGAGAAGGAUGAUGCAAGUGCGGUGCGGUAUACGUGGAUUGGGAGUGGUCAGGCGAGGUGGGGGACUAGUGAGGAUGCGGUCUGGAAAGAGAAGAUGAGGUAUUGUACUACGAGGCUUUGUUGGAGGGCGAGGGUGCCCAAAAGAGAGUAUAUGAGUUAUGAUUUUUUGGAUUGUUUGGGCGUGGAGGGGGAUAGGGAGGGGGUUGUGGAGAGCGUGAAGAGGUUGGAUGGGUAGGGGGAUGUAGGGAAAGAUGAGGCAUAUGCGGACAAGAGACGGGUUUCACGGCAGUCUUCAGUUUUGCAUGUUGAUGUGAGCUGUCUAAAUUUGGUUCGGUUGAUCCACUUCCGCCAGGCGUCUGUUCCUUGAACCUAGACACAUCAAGGAGCCCUUGGCUCUUGAUCCCCACCACGUUGCCAAC